UAAGGAGGCGCCGGGGCGGGGACGGGCCGGAGCGGCCAGAGGGCUGGCUGGCCGGGAGCCGCCAGUCCCGCUGCAGUGGGGCCGGCCGGGCGCGGCGCUGCCUCCUCGGCCGCGCGGGCAUGGAGGAGGCGGCCUAAGGGCCGGAGCCGAGCCGGGGCUGGAGCGCGCGGUCUGACCUACUAGAAACAUGGCAACCAGUGCCGUCCCCAGUGACAACCUCCCCACGUACAAGCUGGUGGUGGUGGGAGAUGGGGGUGUGGGCAAGAGUGCCCUCACCAUCCAGUUUUUCCAGAAGAUCUUUGUGCCUGACUACGACCCCACCAUUGAAGACUCCUACCUGAAACACACAGAGAUUGACAAUCAGUGGGCCAUCCUGGAUGUUCUGGACACAGCUGGGCAGGAGGAGUUCAGCGCCAUGCGGGAGCAGUAUAUGCGCACGGGGGAUGGCUUCCUCAUCGUCUACUCAGUCACCGACAAGGCCAGCUUCGAGCACGUGGACCGCUUCCACCAGCUCAUCCUGCGCGUCAAGGACAGAGAGUCCUUUCCGAUGAUCCUCGUGGCCAACAAGGUCGAUCUGAUGCAUUUGAGGAAGAUCACCAGGGAGCAAGGAAAAGAAAUGGCGACCAAACACAAUAUUCCGUACAUAGAAACCAGUGCCAAGGACCCACCUCUCAACGUGGACAAAGCCUUCCAUGACCUGGUCAGGGUAAUUAGGCAACAGAUUCCGGAAAAGAGUCAGAAGAAGAAGAAGAAAACCAAAUGGCGGGGAGACCGGGCCACUGGCACCCACAAACUGCAGUGUGUGAUAUUGUGACAGGCCUGAGGCCCUGGCUGCGGUGACUGUGACCUGGCCAGCCUCUGGGGCCUUCCACUGCCUAACCGCACUGAAAACCAUUUCUAACCACGACCCUCGGCCCGAGGACCUGGCACAGGAAGGGAGAGAGGGCAGGGAGGAGCUAGGUUCUGGCUUUGCCCGAAGGGCACAGGCUUUCCUGAGUCUCACAAGAGACAGGGAAGCAGCCUCCAAGCCCCUCGUGUUGAUUCAACCUGGUUCCUCCCUGUCUCUCGGUGGCUGUGUUGUUCCUUCGAAGUACACAGUAUUGGUGUGAUGUGGAAGUGUGUGUCCACGGACAGAGUACUGAACAAGCCAUGAUCCACCCCUACCCCGCUGCCCCCAGCCCAGAGUGUCCGAGCUUGGGGGGCUUUUGUAGUUUUUUAAAUUAUUUUAGUGAUUAUUAUUUUAUUAAAGGGGUCUGUGCCCAUGGAUGGGUGGAGCUUCCGGUCUUCAGCAGGCCUCUCUGAGAACACGUCUGGAAUAAUGUUGUUGUUGUUUGUGACUGAGUUUUCCCAGCAGUGCCAAAACUCAACUCAACAUGCAAGUGGAGGGACUGAGAGCAUGGAGGUGAAUGGGGACAGUGGCCCAAGGCCUCAGAGGAACAUCUCACUCCCGGCCUCCAAACUGCACAAAAGAGAGGUGCAGUCACCCAGAAGGUUUUGCUGUGCCUGAGGGUACAGGUAUUAGGAAAUGGAGUUUUAUUUUGCUUAGGAGAGAGGCUGGCACAAGCACGUCCAUUUUUGGAGAGGUUUUCAUGAUCCUGGACGUGUAUAAGUUAAGUCAGCUGAUUGGCUGUGCAAAAGCAUCUGUUCGCUUUCCAGACAGUGUGGAUUGAGUUCUGUGCUCUGAGGGCUCUCCUGGAUCUGUCUCUUCCUGCUCUCCCACUACCUGUGCUGCCUCAUGCCUCUCGGACACAAACACAUGGACGUGGGCACAUAUGUCUCAGCGUGUCCCAGUAAGCUAAUGUGAACGCCAUCCAGAAAGCUCUAGUUCAUGCUGAAUCUUAACCAAAAACGAUCCAACACUGUUGUUACUAAAACACAACCAAGACAAGAAGCCAUUUUCCCUUUGACUCCACUGAUGACCACUUCUUAAAGCCCAGCAAAUAAGCAAACCUGGCUAAGCAUUUGCAAACUUAGGAUUCACUUGCCUUUCUGGCACACACUUUUCUUCACCUCUUGGAUCUUCACUGUAACAUAAUUAAAGGAGAAAGAAGGGGUGGGGUGAUGAAUGACCCCAUACACCUGCUUCUAUAAGGGGACACUCCCCCAACUUCCUGACAAUGCCACUUCCCUCUCAGGUGCUGCCACCAUGAUCCAGAGACUGGAUUUUCCCAGUCAGAGGGUGGAGGGGCAGCAGUGACCACAAAGUCCCCCAUCCCUGACAGAAGAUCAGAAUAUGAGGUAGCUUGGCUCGUGACCUCAUUUUUCAUUUACAAAUCAGGUCACGAGGCAAACUGGAGCAUCCCUAGCAGGUGGCCUGGCUGCUCUUUGGAGAGAGAAGCCCUGAGAAGGUGAGCACCCCACUGGACAUGGAGACACCUCGCAUCAUUUCUGGUUUUGAAAGCAUGCUGCGUUCCUAACUCAGCAAGAUCACCAGCACCAGGGGGCCCAGCCUAAGAGCGUUGAAUGAAAUCAUUGGGACCUCAGUUAAUUGGAAAUUCGAACUCCUUUAUUUGUCUCAAUAGUCUUC